CAACCCACUCCUCUCCCCUAACAAAUCAGCCGGUUUGUGUACACAUUAGUCUACAUAGACAUCUCUCCCAACUUGCAUGUUCUUCCCCCGCCUAUUCCGCACCCCCACCACAUACGCUCGUGUUUUCUCCCUUCGGAUGUCUCAUUCCGCAAUGCCCGCUCGCCUAGCGGGUAAGAUUGUCUUGAUCACUGGUGCCUCCUCUGGCAUCGGUCGUUCAACCGCAAUCGAGUUUUCUAGGACUUCCCCUACAAUAAAAUUGAUUGUUACUGCACGAAGGGAAGAAGCUUUGAAAGAGCUUGCCGCAACAAUUGAGAAGGAGAGUGUUGGAGCCACAAAGGUGCUGCCUGCUCGUCUGGAUGUCUCUGAUCCAGCGGAUGUGAAGGGAUUUUUGGCCAGGCUUCCCGAGGAGUGGAGAGAGGUGGACGUUUUGGUCAACAAUGCGGGUCUUGUUAAAGGUGUUGAAACAGUUGGGAGCAUCGCAGAAGAGGACAUUGACGUCAUGUUCUCCACAAAUGUCACUGGACUCGUCAACAUGACCCAGCUCAUCAUUCCAGGCUUCAAAUCUCGCAAUCGCGGGGACAUAAUAAACGUCGGUUCCAUCGCUGGUAGGGAACCAUACGCGGGUGGAAGUAUCUAUUGUGCAACCAAGGCUGCCGUUCGCAGCUUCACUGAUUCUCUGAGAAGAGAAUUGAUCUCUACGCGGAUCAGAGUUAUGGAGAUUGACCCCGGACAAGUCGAAACCGAAUUCUCAGUCGUGAGGUUUAGGGGUGAUAGGGCUAGAGCCAAUAGUGUAUAUGCCGGAUGCGAACCACUUACCUCGGACGACAUCGCUGAAAUCAUCGUCUUCGCCGCCGGCAGAAGGGAGAAUGUUGUUCUUGCCGAUAUGAUGGUUUACCCGAGCCACCAGGCAGGCGCCGGAGCGAUCCACAAAAAAUCGUAAAUAGGGGGCAUUUUUUUCCCCCUUCCCAAUAAACCCGUCCAAUAAACUCUACCAGAGGAACACCUUCUGAGUUCCUAAUUGUUAUAAGUUGCCAUGACCCUCGAGGGGCCUAGAAAUCAAUCGAUCAAUCC